GGGAGAGCGAGCGAGCGAGCGAGCGAGCGAGUGAGUGUGAACGUGUGUGAGCGCGGCGAGGCGCGAGCGCCCGAGGGGCAGUCCGCCGCGCCGUCCUGCCGCUGCCCGCCGCGGGGGCCGAGCGCGCGGCCGGAGCGCAGGGUCCGGCGCCCCGCAGCCCGCGGGGACAAGGGCAGCGACCGCGCUCCCCGCCCCCAGCCCUCGUCCCUCACCCUUCUGCGCCCGGGGACCGCGCCGUCCCCCCCGGCCGGCCCCCGCCCCACCGCCCCCCUGGAUGUCCCCGGCGCCCUCGCGGGGCCUCCUCCUGCCGCCGCGGCCGGGCCGGCGUUGCGGCCGCCGGGCGUAGAGCGGGCGGGUUCCCGGGGGCCGCGGCUGCCGGAGCCUCCCCGGUCCCCACCCCCGCCCCGCGGCGCCGCGACCCCGCUCCCCGGCCUCGCAGGCCGUGACAAUGGACUAUGACUUUAAAGUGAAGCUGAGCAGCGAGCGGGAGCGGGUCGAGGACCUGUUUGAAUACGAGGGCUGCAAAGUUGGCCGAGGCACUUAUGGUCACGUCUACAAAGCCAAGCGGAAGGAUGGGAAAGAUGAUAAAGACUAUGCUUUAAAACAAAUAGAAGGAACCGGGAUCUCUAUGUCGGCAUGUAGAGAAAUAGCAUUACUUCGAGAGCUUAAGCAUCCAAAUGUCAUCUCUCUUCAGAAGGUGUUUCUGUCUCAUGCUGAUAGGAAAGUAUGGCUUCUGUUUGACUACGCUGAACAUGACCUCUGGCAUAUAAUCAAGUUUCACAGAGCGUCUAAAGCAAACAAGAAGCCAGUACAGUUACCUCGGGGAAUGGUGAAGUCACUAUUGUAUCAGAUCCUAGAUGGGAUUCACUACCUGCAUGCUAACUGGGUGUUGCACAGGGAUUUGAAACCUGCUAAUAUUUUAGUUAUGGGUGAAGGUCCUGAGCGAGGAAGAGUAAAAAUUGCUGAUAUGGGCUUUGCCCGAUUAUUUAAUUCACCUUUGAAGCCUUUAGCAGAUUUGGAUCCAGUAGUCGUAACAUUCUGGUACCGAGCCCCAGAAUUACUUCUUGGAGCAAGACAUUAUACCAAAGCUAUUGAUAUUUGGGCUAUAGGGUGUAUAUUUGCAGAACUACUAACGUCAGAACCAAUAUUUCACUGUCGACAAGAGGACAUCAAAACUAGUAAUCCUUAUCACCAUGACCAGCUGGACAGAAUAUUCAAUGUAAUGGGAUUUCCUGCAGAUAAAGAUUGGGAAGAUAUAAAAAAGAUGCCUGAACAUUCAACAUUAAUGAAAGAUUUCAGAAGAAAUACGUAUACCAACUGCAGCCUUAUCAAGUAUAUGGAAAAACAUAAAGUUAAACCAGAUAGUAAAGCAUUCCACUUGCUUCAGAAGUUGCUUACCAUGGACCCAAUAAAGCGAAUUACCUCAGAGCAGGCUAUGCAGGACCCCUAUUUCCUAGAAGACCCACUUCCUACAUCAGACGUUUUUGCCGGUUGUCAAAUCCCUUACCCCAAGCGAGAAUUUUUAACAGAAGAGGAGCCUGAUGACAAAGGAGACAAAAAGAACCAGCAGCAGCAGCAGGGCAAUAACCACACGAAUGGGACCGGCCACCCAGGGAAUCAAGACAGCAGUCACACCCAGGGGCCCCCGCUGAAGAAAGUGAGAGUCGUCCCUCCUACCACUACCUCAGGUGGACUGAUCAUGACCUCAGACUAUCAGCUUUAUUUUCCCUGAGCCUUUCGGCACACGGACAGUUUUCAAAGGCAAAUGUCAUCUUUCUCACCACCAUCCUGACUGCACAAAGUGUAGGUAGGUAUUUCCUAAGCCACACAUGCUUGCGAGGCAAUUUAAAUAGCAAGUCGGUAGGAUCUAGGAGGAAAUCUAGGAUUAAAGAAUCUCUUUAAUCCAAUUGACUGUUUUUUCUUUGUUUGUUUUACGAAAACAUAAGUCUUGAGGACUGAGUUUCUUCAUAAAACUAAACAUGUUUUCUUCAUUUAUUCUUGGGCAUGGUCACAAUAAUGCUUUCAUUUUCCCCUGCUAUAUUAUUUAGAAAGAGUAAUUGAGUUUACCCCAGUACUGCGGAAUCCUGGUGGGGUGUCAGAUCUUUAAUAACUUAACUCGUUCUGUCACUUUAUUGAAUUAGGAGGAAAAAAUAAUGUUUGCCACUUUGAAUCCCAUUUUAGAAUCUAUGAAAAACUGCUAAGUUCAUCUGUGCUUCCUGAAUACCCUCGGUUAAUAUCAAAUUGUACCCAGCUUGAAUCAUUUCCUAUGAUUCAGAAAAUCAUUUUUGUUCCAUCCCCAAGGAUACAAAUUGGAAGUAAAGUGAUAAAACUUGGAAGUAACACAAUAAAACAUCCCUGGGAAGCAUGAGAAUCUUAGAUUAACCACUUGGAGGGUUUAAGUUCUUGCCCAGAUGUGCUGGAAAUAUCCUUUCCACACAGUGAAAAUAUUCACUGCCUUCUUUAAUGCAGUGAUUUUCUCUGGCUUGCUUGCUUGCUUUCUUCUUCUCCUCCUCCUCCUCCUUUUUACUUAGAAAAGCAGCUGCUGAUCUUGCUGGCAGAUGACACUGCUAGUUCUGAGGAAAAUUCGAGAGCUCCCCACCUUGGAGGCUCUGAUGCAAGGUGGUAGGGGGAGCUGAGUGCUUGGGCCAGAAACUUCUUCAUGCCCGGGCUUAAAAGGCAUUUCUUCCAACACAUUCCUAUCCCUAAAGAGCAUCCCUGCUUUCCUUUCCAGCACAGUUCUUCCCCUACCAGCCAGACAACUGACAUUAACCAGAGCCCUACCAGCCCUGUCACCCGCUCCCACACCGGUGACUCAUUUUAUGCGAUCGAUUUCACAUUCUUAAAGAAAGAAUUUUUUAAACUAUAAUUUAACAAAUGGCACUUCCUCGGUGCUCUGGUGUUUCCAUUCUUAAGGGCAAGUGUGCCCGGGGCCAGUGCGUUCACAGCAUCCUCUCUCAUCCUGUAACUAUCAAGCCAACUUGAAAAGAUGCCCAGCGGUCUUUCCUUUACAACUUGAUUUCUUUCACAGUAGUUUAUACUGAAUGAUGACCUGUGGUCCAGAGUGAGACUGAAAAUGGGCCGUCUGCUCCUUGCCCAAGGGAAUGGCAAGUUCUGGAGGAAGAAAUGUGGAACUGUGUUCCGACCUGUGCUGGUCUCUUGGGGAAGCACUGGGGCAAAUCAGUCUGCUGCUCUGGGGCUCGGGUUUUCCUGCAUGAAACAGGGAGCGUGGAGAGUAACAGGUCCAAACAGGAGGACUCCAGGGCCGCUUGUGAAUCCCAAGCUGUCUGUGUGGACCGCCCACCCUCUGCGAGCUUCACAGGAGCAGUACCCAGCCUGAUGUGCUUCCCCGAGGACUCUGGCACCCAGGGGUGGCACCCGGCACGGCGGCAGGCAGAGAGGGGGCAUUUGAUGGUUAAACGUCAGUUUAACUAGUUCAUCUACAAAGAUGAUGUUUACAGCUACAGUUUCUAGUCGACGUUUCCCCCCCCACACCCCACUGAGCAGAACUCAGGAUAAGGGGCAUCGGGCAGCAGGGAGAAGGGAGCAGUAGAUGCAAGGUCAAAUGUCUUCACUUCUGUGGUUAUUUAAAAUAGAUUUUCAUUGCUUUUUCUCUUCCUGGGGGAAGUUGCUUAAAUAUCAAAAAUUUUGAUUUUCGUUAUCUACUAAAAGCAUGGAACAUUUCCAAGCACAGUUAAGUACUUGCCUAACAUCGUCCAGAAUAAAUAACCAGGGACAUAAUUCCCCUGCUCCUGUUACCUCGCGUGGCUCUGCACCACACAGGUUCUCUGGGCUUGAGCAGGGUGUGGUUGCUUUUGUCUCCAAUCCUAGAAAAUGUUGUGUUCCUUUGUGUUGGGAUAAAAAAAAAAGGGUGUUCUGGUCCCUUUGAGUCAAGAAAAUUCUUUCUUGCUUUUUAAAAACAAAAAUUUAUCUUAUUUUUUUUAAUUAAAGUAUAAUGGAUUUACAAUGUUGUGUUAGUUUCGGGUAUACAGCAAAGUAAUUCAGUUAUGCAUAUGUAUAUAUAUAUUCUUUGUCAAGUUCUUUCCCAUUUUAAGUUAUUACAGAUAUUGAGCAUAGUUCCCUGUGCUCUGCAGUAGGCUCUUGUUUAUCUAUUUUAUAAUAUAGUAGUGUGUGUGUGUUAAUCCCAAACUCCUAAUUUAUCCCUCCCCUGCACUCCUUUCCUCUUUGGUAACCAUAAGAUUGUGUUCUAUGUCUAUGAGUCAGUUUCGGUUUUGUAAAUACGUUUGUUUUAUCAUUUUUUUAGAGUCCACAAAUAAGUGAUAUCAUAUGAUAUUGGUCUUUCUCAGUCUGACCUACUUUGCUUAGUAGGAUAAUCUCUAGCUCCAUCCAUGUUGCUGCAAAUGGCAUAUUUCACUCUUUUUUAGGCUGAACAAUAU